CUUCUGAUAGCUUAGUGUCGCCUCCUGGUUUAGCAUUGCUUUCAAAGUUGGAGAAAGGAGCAGGACCCAGAUUUUUUUUAGGGAAUAACGGGGCACACAAGACACAGACGGUUCACCAUCACAAAGCUUACAGUCUACGAGGAGACAGUAAAAAAAUCAGACGAACAACUUCCUAUUGUGGAAUUCAAACUACAAUGGCGGCCCAUUACCCCAGCAACUCCAGGACCAACCACGGGCUUGGAAAGCAAGAGCCCAGAGAUUCACAACUGAGACUCGUCUUAGUGGGUAAGACUGGAGCAGGAAAAAGUGCAACAGGAAACAGCAUCCUCGGAAACAAAAUGUUUCCUUCUGGCUUUUCCGCAGUAUCCAUCACCAGGUCCUGUAAGAAAGGAAACAGCACCUGGAAGGGGAGGGAGGUUGUCGUGGUGGAUACACCUGGCAUCUUUGACACAGAGGUACAGGAUGCUGACACUUGCAAGGAGAUUGCUCGCUGCAUGGCCCUGACCUCGCCAGGGCCUCAUGCUCUGCUCCUCGUCAUCCCACUGGGCCGUUACACGCCGGAAGACCGCAGAGCCACGGAAAAGAUCCUGAAAAUGUUUGGCGAGAGAGCUAAGAGACACAUGAUUCUCUUAUUCACCCGGAAAGAUGACUUGGAAGGCAUCGAUUUCCGUGACUACUUAAAGGAAGCUCCAGAAGGCAUUCAAGAGCUGAUGGGCAUGUUCGGAGAUCGCUACUGUGUGUUCAACAACAGGGCGGCAGGAGCUGCGCAGGAGGACCAGAGGGAGCAGCUGCUGGUCCUGGUCCAGCGCGUGGUCGCAGAGUGCAAAGGCAGAUGCUUCACGAACAACAUGUACCAAAAGGCUGAGGAGGAGAUUCAGAAACAAAUCCGAGUGAUACAAGAAAAUUGCAGAGCAGAGCUAGAGAGACAGAAAGCGCAGAUAAGACAGGAGUACGAAGAGAAAAUCAGAAUGCUGGAGGAUGAACUAGAACAGCAAAAGCAAGCGAUGCACAUGAGGAGGGAAUUGGCAGAAAGGGAGGCUCUCUGUGCUACAAGGCAGCAAAACGCCAGAGACGAAGUUGAGAAUCAGAGCGGGAUAGCUGAAUUCAUCUUAGACUUGUUGAAGAUUGUUUCCUUUGUUUUCUCUCUGUUUGAGGAUUAA